GGCAGGAAGGGGCGGGCGCUGGCGGCGGUAGUCGGUGCUCGGUUCCCGGUGCUCGGUGCUCGGCCGGGCCGGCGGCAGGUCGGGGCUGAGCCGGGCCGGGCCGGGCUGGGGGAGAGGGGCUGGGCGGGAGCAGCGCCGCGGCUGAGGGGCGAGCGGGCGGGACCGUCCCCUCAGGCAGCUGCCCUUGCUCUGGCCGCUGCUUCCCUCCCCUCAGCGUGGCCCGAAGCGCCGCUUUCCGUAAAUAAGCGCUGUGUUGGAUCAGCGGAGACUUCAGACGUGAAGGACUUGUGGUAAACGUGAACACGGGCAGCUGUGGCGGUGUCCGCCCUCACAGCUUCCCCAGCUGAGGUGAUGCCUUCACGCUUCUCGAUGUGCUGUUCCCUCUCCGCAGCUUUGCUCACUUCACUGUGAGGACAUCGCUUCUCAGCCGUUGCUGUGCAAACCUUAGGAUGCAAACCUUAACUGAAUUAAAUACGCUCACUUUUCUAACUACUUAUGCUUUGGGCUUCUCCAUGUCCCUGUCCCCUCGGGCUCUGAUCCGUGUGGCCCAUCCUUAACAUAUUUGUGUGUUCUUCCAUUGAGACAGAACUGGAUUAGUGGCAUUCCGUGUUUAUACCUCUUAUCUACAGCUUCAAAGUAGAGGCUGUGGUGCUCCCAGCACCUCUGGAGCCAUGUGCAGGUGCCCAAAAAAAUCUCUUUUGCCCAAACGUUUCCACAGGCACAGCGUUGUGUGUGAUGUGUAACCACAGCUGGGCUGGGCUUUCCCCACUGUGCCUUACACGGAGCUCUUUGGCCAGCCCCGUCUGAAUAAUUACCUACAUCCGCUCCUCUGAAGUUAAUGAAAUGCCUCAUUAACUUUGGGAGGUUGUGGAGAUGAUGGUUUGGUUGCCUUUGUCACAGUUUAGUACAAACACGAUGCCAGCCUAUCUUUAUUUCCUCUUUCAGCUGCAGGGAGUUCGUGUAUCAUACAGCUUUAGAGCCCAAAGGAAUUAUCUUCCUGCUUUCCAAACAUUAUUGUGUUAUCUGCUGUAUAAAAUACAUAAUUUCUCAAGAAAACAAAGGGCUUUGUUUGAAAAACGAGAGCUGGAAGUGAUAAAAAAUUCUCUUUCAAGCGACAUUUCAGAUUAUGGCAAUGGUGUUGAUUGCUGAACUACAUUGUUCGAGGUAGGGAUAGGAAUUCCAGUGCCAUGAGACCUUUAGAAUAAAUAACUUCUGGAAUAUGUUUCUAACUCUCAAUUCCCUCAUCUUGGAUUUGUGGCAAAACUUCUUGGCCCAAGUUUUCUUUAGUAAAUCAUACGUUGCUCUUUUUUAAAGCUGUAUGUCUAAAACUUCCAAGCCUAUUAUUUACUACAUGUUUAUAAGGGAAAAUAUACCUGUGUAGAGGGAAGUACAUUGAUCAUCUUCAGAGCAAAACCUUCCAGAAACUUUCUCUGGGUAUUUUAGCUGCUCAGCACUCUGAAUGAUUUGUUGCAUGCCAGGAGCCAUUGUGGUGUUGCUCCAUUAUUGCUCCAUAUUUUAUGUUAUUAGGAAAUUGGGUUAAACAGUUGUACUGCUCAUGGAUCUUUUUUAGCUGCUACACUUUUCAUAUGAGCCCAAGUUAAGAAAUCAAUAAAUCUGUCAGGGAAGGGAGUUUUAUUUUCAGUGCUUUCUCCCAUAAUAUAUCCAGAGGUAAGCAGACAUGACAAAUAAUUGUAAAAUUAUUGAAACUUUAGCAUUAGAUUAAUCCUGGGAAAACUGGUCUGGAAGUUUGGAUGUUUAAGGUUUCUGAAUGGGAAGGCAGGACAGACACCUAUCCUAAAGGACCAUGACAGAUGGCAUGCAAAUAAUCAAAUCUCUUUAAAAAGAGCAACUCCAGUUGAAGUUUUUUCUUUUAGGGCUCUGAAAUGAUUCAUAAAUGGUCUCCAUCCCCUGGGACUCACUUGUAGUGUCAUGGGCUCCUAAUUCCUAAUUAGCCAGGGUGUGGAAGAAAGGAAACACUUUAAUUUGAGAUAUAAAAUAAAAUGGGUGAUUUGGGCCCCUUAGAAACUGAUUGGACCUUAAAGUAAUCAAUAGAAAUUCCAGGUGAUGGAAGUGAGUCCUGGACCAGGUUGUUACCCAGGCUGAAUUUGAAAUGAGCUAACUGUUGUCCCCUCUGCCUGAGGUCUUGGUUUGCUGCUGGCACCAUCAGGGGAGUAGCUGGAAGUCCAUCACUUGGAAGUGUGCACAUCUACAUUCUAAAAAAUAGAUGUGGUCCAUGUGGUGCAGGGAUCUUAUUUUUAGGGAACAGUGUUUUAGGGACAGUGGUAAGUUUUACAGAGGAGAAAUAUUACAAGCAAAGCACAGCAAUGACUGUGGGACACAUCAAAGUCCUCAGAGGCUGCAGCUGGACUCAACUUUCCUAAUGCUGUCAGCAAAAAAAAACCAGGAGCAAUUUGGGCUGAGGAUGGGAGAUAAAAAUUAUUUUCCAGGCAGCUCUAUUGGUCCCUGCACCAGGGGCAGAGCUUUUAUUUUCAUGUUAUUUUUGCAGUAAAUGUGGGACUGAUAGGCCUGAACGGCGCCCGAUUCUUUUGCAUCCCAAAGGGAACUUGUCCUUUUUCAGGUUGAAAUAUUUAUUGUCAGCUAAUUUUGUGCAAAACGUUUGAGAAUUGGUGAGCUGUUCAUCUGUGUCCUGUUCCUGUGUCUUCUUCGGUCACAGCAGUGUGUUGGGGACAGCAGACAGGCUGGACCUGGUCAGACCUGACUUAAUUCCAGCAGCAAGUGUGGCAGUAAAAAACACAGUCAAUUUGUCUCCUCACUUCCUGGUUUCCAACUGUUUGCUGCUGUUUUUUUUCUGCUGCUUUUUCCUCCUUGAACUUGCAGGUGAAAAUGGCUGCGGAGAAGUGGAAAGGCUGGGCUUCGAAACAGCACAGGGAGGCAGAGCACGGCGGGGAGAGGGAGCCGGGCGCGCUCCUGGGCCGGCAGCUGCCUGAAGCCGGCAGGUUCGCGUACGCCGCGCUUUGCGGGAUAUCCCUCGCCUGGCUCUUCCCUGAAAACGAGCAAAGCUCCUUCAGGACAGAAUUCAUCAAGCGCUUUGUGAAGUGGCUGGACCUGCCUGAUGCUGUCUUACCUGCCAUGACAGCCUUUGCUGAUGGCUUAGGAGGUGAGGGCACAGAAACUUUUGCUGAAAUUUUGCUGAAGGAUCCCAUCUUGAAAGAAAAUCCACUUCUCAUUACCCAGGACCUUUUAUCGUUCUCUCUUCAAGAUGGAUCCUAUGAUGCUCGAGCCAGGGUGUUGAUCUGUCGUGUCAGCUGGCUGCUGAGAAUUCCCUUGGAAGAUCUGGAAGUCCUGGAGGAAUCUCUGCUUGAGAACCUGAAGGAACAAAAAGAGGAAGAGUCAGAAACUGCAGAAGUCUCAAGAAGAAAGAAGGAAAGAAGGAAAAAGCUGAAGAGAUACCUGCUGAUCGGUCUGGCAACUGUUGGGGGUGGAACAGUGAUUGGUCUGACAGGAGGCCUGGCUGCCCCUCUGGUUGCUGCGGGAGCUGCCACAGUCAUCGGGAGUGCUGGAGCAGCUGCUUUAGGAUCCACUGCUGGGAUUGCUGUCAUGGCAUCCCUUUUUGGAGCAGCAGGAGCUGGUCUUACUGGAUACAAAAUGAAGAAACGUGUGGGAGCCAUAGAAGAGUUUGAAUUCCUCCCACUUACGGAAGGGAAGCAGCUCCACAUCACCAUAGCAAUCACUGGAUGGCUGUGCACUGGCAAAUAUGGGAGCUUCACAGCCCCGUGGAGCAGCAUGUUGCACUCGAGUGAGCAGUACUGCCUGGCCUGGGAAUCCAAGUACUUGAUGGAGCUUGGCAAUGCCUUGGAUUCCCUGCUGAAUGGCUUUGUGAACAUGAUGGCUCAAGAAGCCCUAAAAUUCACUGUCUUGUCAGGGAUUGUGACAGCCUUGACUUGGCCAGCAUCACUCCUGACUGUUGCCAGUGUCAUUGACAACCCCUGGGGAGUGUGUCUGCACCGCUCUGCCGAAGUGGGCAAACACCUGGCGCACAUCCUGCUCAGCAGGCAGCAGGGCCAGAGACCUGUCACACUGAUUGGCUUCAGCCUGGGUGCCAGAGUGAUUUACUUCUGCCUGCAGGAAAUGGCUCAGGAGAAAGACUCACAAGGGAUCAUUGAAGACGUUGUCUUGCUGGGAGCUCCAGUGGAAGGAGAAGCCAAGCACUGGAGAGCUCUCACCAGAGUGGUGUCAGGCAGGAUCAUCAAUGGCUUCUGCAGGGGGGACUGGCUGCUGAGCUUUGUUUACAGAACCUCCUCUGUCCAGCUCAACGUCGCAGGCCUCCAGCCAGUUGACCUGGAUGACAGGAGGAUGGUGAACAUGGACCUUUCCUCUGUGGUGAAUGGCCACCUGGACUACAUGAAGCAGAUGGACACGAUCCUAAAAGCCGUGGGCAUUAAAACCAAGGAAUGCCAGCUGGAAGAGAAGGGCAGCCUUUUUUCCCCUCAAGCCAAGAAAUCCCAGCAGGCAGCUGGCAGCGAGGCUCGGGGACAGGAAAACACCAGGAAGGAGGAGGACGAGGCUGGGAGUGAGGCUCUCCCAGCCAGCUGUGCUCACCGACAAAAUUCCUCCAGCUCUGCCCUGGGAGAAGCCUCACCACCCUGCCCAGAGUGCUCACACAGCACAGACAGCACGGACCAGGCAGUGGGGAAGGGAGCAAAUUAGGGCAGAGCUGCUCAGCCAGCACACAAACCGCUGUCAGCACAUCCGUGGCACUGGGAUUCCCAGAGGAUGGAGCUGGCGGAGCUGCAGCUGCAGUUUCCAGCCCCUCCGGAGAAGAACGUGGCAUUGGCGUGGCACUGGAUCAAAGCGCUUGGAGCCGCCGCCCACGGCACCUCCCCGAGGCGGGGAGGGCUGAUUCCUGCCCGAGGCUGCACUGCUCCUCGGGAAUCCGAGACAGAUCCCGUCCAAAUCCCUGCAGGAAGCAGCUGCACCCUCGGCACCGUGUCCCUGCUGCGACUGGGGGAAGCAGGUGGCUCUGAGGGGAUUUUAAGCAUUUCACAGAGAGGGGUUCAUCACUAGGAAAUUAAAACCAUUUUUCCACUGGAGAUGAGUUUGGUUUGAGGAUCUCAGGUGUGUUCCAGGCUCUACCUGCCCCACUCUGGACGGAUCUGGAUCUGCUCUCCAGCUCUGCUGACCAGGAGGGUAAAAGCUCGGGCUGCCAGGGUUUCUUCCCCCACCUGCUGCAGGUUUGCUGCCAGGGCUCGGGCACUUUCCCAUCUCCAAGAUGGUUUCCCUGUGUCCAGGUUGAGGUUGGUGGGUGUUUGACGUCCUAUUCCUGUUAGAAACAUGUUUGGGACCCUGGGAGAAAGCAGCAGGAAAACCAAGGGGGUUUUGGAUGGUUUAUGAAAAUUCCUCCCAAGUUCUCCAAGCCAGCAACCCACUGAGACUUUCCUUUUGUGUCCCACACAUGUCUCCAGCCUUAAAAGCUCCAUCCAGACAUAUUUUUAAUUGGCUUAGAACAAAGCCAAUACUUGGCACAGAAUAAACAUGGAUCUGUUUGAUUUCUACCUCCUUCCAUAAAA